GUCAUGUUGUCAGCUGUCAAAUAAGGUUGUGGAAUGUGGAUGUUGGUUAUGUAACUUAGCUUUUUCAAAUGUAUAAAAUAUUAUAAUAGGUAACAUACACAUUUAACUGAUAUAAAAUGACCCAUUGUAUUACAGCCAUGUACGAAUACCAACUAUUCAAUUUAUGUAAAUAUCGCAAAUUGAUAAUUGAUACCAAUGGAAAAAUACUGAUCAGGAGAACUGCGUCUACGCAUGUGCAGAUCCAGCAUUCCGGGGAGAUUUUGAUUUGAUUUUGAACUUGAAUCAUACUUGAACUUAUUUUGGUGUUGUCGCUUGCCGCGCUCACAUUUUUUCAGGUUUACACCUUUCCGUCGAAUGGGUCAAAACUAGAGGUCAUUUUUUUUAGAAUCCGCCGCAUCCGUUUCAGUUACGUCUUUUUAAGAAACCAUACAAAAUGCAGUUCAAAAAAGUUACGCACGUCAUCUUCGACAUGGACGGUCUUUUAAUCGAGAGCGAAACUAUGUAUGACAAGAUAAUCAACGACAUAGCGAUGCAAUUCGGCAAAACGUACACGGACGACAUAAAAAUGAAAAUCCUGGGCACACCAGAGAAAGACACAGCUAGAAUAGCCGUGACCGAAAUGCAACUGCCAAUAACCGUAGAAGAGUUCUUCAAAAUGUACAAAGCGAAAGUGUUUGUCGAACUGCAGAAUCCAGAAUUGAUGCCAGGCGCGAAGGAAUUGGUGAAGCAUCUGGCGAAACACGACGUUCCAAUGGCGGUCGCGACGUCGUCUUCGCAAGAAGCAAUGGAAAUGAAGACGAAGAAGCUUCAAGAUGUGUUCAAGCAUUUUGAUCAUAUCGUAUGCGGAAGCACGGAUCCUGAGGUGAAGCACGGAAAGCCAGCGCCCGAUAUAUUUCUACUUGCCGCGUCUAGGUUUCCUGAUAAACCAGACCCGUCAACGUGUCUGGUAUUUGAAGACGCCCCGAACGGGAUCCAAGGCGCAAUUAGUGCGGGAAUGCAAGCAGUAAUGGUUCCAGCAGACUACAUUCCUAAGGAACUGACCAAAAAAGCAACAUUGGUUUUGAGAUCUUUAGACGAGUUCAAGCCAGAACUAUUUGGCUUACCACCGAGAGAAUAAAAAUCAGCGCACAUAUCUCUGACAAAGCCGUUCAGAACAAAAUUAAUUAUGUCAGAAAAUGCUAUUUUUGGAACUUAUAGGCAUUGUCUGUAACCAAGCUGUAAUUGACCAUAAAAAACUUGACUUGAUGCACUUAUUAUUUUUACUAUAAAGGUUCUUCCAACUUGUUGCAAAUGUUGGCAACAAUUUAGAAACUGUUUAUUUUUGCUUUUCCAAAAUAUAGUUUUGGAAGUAUUUAUAUCAAAUGCUGCUAUUUGACAUUGACUUGAAUGAAAACGGUGUACUAAACAGGGAUAAAUGGCUUUAGAACAAUUUUUAGCACUUAAGUAACACACUUUGCUGCAAAACUAUCCAUUCCACUAUAGUGCUUGUAUUUUUUCAUGAAUUGUGUUACUUUGUACAAUGUUUACAAUAAUUUAUUUAUUUUUAUUGAAAGGCAUGACCAAAGCUUUUAGAUAAAUGUCAGUAUUAAGUGAAUUUCGAAAGCCAUCAAAUGGUAACAAUAUUUGUGAUUGUAGAUCGAAUUCUGUUUUAAAAACAAAUAGAAGUUACUAUGAUAUA